AGUCGGACCACAUUUAGAGCCGCACAGCGCUUUUCACGUGUUGAGGAAGGAGAUAGAGAGAGUAAAUAUGAAGAAAAACAGAAUUAAAGGGAAUAAAAAGGGAUUUAAAGGCAAACCUGGAGCGAAAAGGAGAGAAAAUAAGCUCGUGUUGGUGUUUGAUGAUAAGGAGAGAAAUGAGUUUCUGACGGGCUUCCACAAGAGAAAGGUGGAGAGGAGGAAAGCUGCUGUGGAGGAGAUAAAGAACAAAAUUAAAGAGGAGCAGAAAAAACUCAGAGAGGAGAGACAUAACGAGUACAUAAAGAUGCUGAAAGAGAGGACAGAGGCUUUAGAGGAGGCUGAUGAACUGGAGGAUGCGAUCACAGGUACCACAGAGUGUGUACAGUAUGAUCACCCCAAUCACACCGUUACAGUGACCACCAUCAGUGACCUCGAUCUGACCGGCGCCCGGCUAUUGGAAAAUUUAGGCUCUCAGGGUGCAGAAGAGAAUGAGGAUGAGGAAAGAGGACAAGAAGAAGAAAAGGAGAAAGUACAAGCGAUGCCAAAGAAAGCUGGACGCCCCCUGCUGUCCAAAAAGAUUAAGUCUCUUUCAGCCUCGCUCCAGACGUUUACCAAACAGAAAAAGAAGACGAUGAAAGGAAAACAGGACUUCCGGGGGCGGGGCCAGCAGAGCUCCGAAAAGGAUUCAUCAGUUGCUGUGGGAAACAAGCGCCGCCUUGGCCGAACUACAAAAAAGGACCGCAGACGGCGUACGGGCAAGAAGGGGCGGAGUGAGGACUGAGGGGAGAAAUUAGAGCUGGAAUACAUCAUAGAGACAUGUAUGUGCCGCGAUGUGACAAAACAACGUCAUAGUGCUUAAGGACACUUUUACGGCACACAUUUUUAGUGUUUCACUCUGAUUGGAGGAAAUGAAACCGAAUUUAAGUACAGAAAGAUUCCUGCAGCGACAUAUAUUCCAGCCUGCUGUUCUACCUUAAGAAACUUCAUGAGCGAAUGCAGCGGCAGAUGCUUGGAGCUACAAAAACAGUUUUCCAGAGCAGGACACAAUUCAUAACACAGGACAGGCUGCAUUUUGAACACUGCCACAAGGGGAUACUAGAGCAACGAACCAGCCUAAAUAAGUUAAAUUAGGUUAAUAUCCAUUUCCAGAAACAUAAAAUGCACCCCUGUAUUUUGUUUUGAUUUUGACUGUCUGGGUGGCUCUAACAUAAAACCCUGGGAAGCAUUUUUAUAUUCUGGAUUUGCCAACUCUAGAAAAGCCUGCAGAAAUGAUGUUUAUCACAAUAAUGAUUCUGAAGUCUCCAGUCUACAGCAGGGGGCUCAGUUUUGUUUGAAUUCAGAGCUGUUAUCUGUCUACAUCAGGAAUUGGAAAAAUGAGCAAUACUGAAUAAUAUCCUUCAGUAUCAGCAUCGCUCCAAAAGUGUUUUGACAUCAUUUUUUGGGUGCUGUGUUGAACGCUGCUCACAUAUUUCCGUUACCAUGGCCUGUUUUCACACAUGCACAGACUGAGGAACCGAAUAAGUUUAUACAGUACCAGCCAAACCUUCACAGAGUUCUACAAACUUUUUUCUAAAGUUCAGAUGUGAUCAGAAUGGGGACUAGUGUAAAUUGUUCUGUUUUUGUUCUUGUAAUCUCCCCCAGUUAGAAUAGUGUACAGGGUGGUGGAUGGAAAUAGAAUAUCUGAAGAUCUAAUACUGCACAGAAAGUUUUUGCACCUAGUCAUUAUUAAUACACUGCCUAGUGAUGAUUUGCUUUUAAAACAGUACAUGUAAAACAGGAACUCAACAAAUAUGUACAACUAUGAUCCACUGUAACAUUGCUAAUAAAAAUACUGCUGGUUUUGUUAUA